AUGGACUGCGGCUGCUGCGUACCAUACCCUGGCCCCUCUCUCGCCAACACCUGUUACGGUGGAUCUUUUAUAUUUUUCAUGAGCAUGCUCGACAUCAUGACCCGAAACACCUGUGACCUAUCAGAAAUUUGCCAAAGAAUCAAACCAAAAUUGCAGCCAGAUCUUGAGUACGACUUUGUGGUUAUUGGAGGGGGAGCAGCGGGAUCCGUGGUCGCAGGAAGACUCUCAGAAGAACCCGACUGGAAGGUUCUUCUUAUUGAAGCAGGCGGUGACGAACCAUCCGGUUCUCAAGUACCAUCGAUGAUGAGUAAUUUCAUCGGUAACCCUUACCUGGACUGGAAUUAUAAGACGGAGCCGCAAGAAAAGGCUUGUUUGGGGGAGAAGGAAAGAAGGUGUACGUGGCCUCGUGGGAAAGUGUUGGGAGGAUCUGGAGUGAUUCAUGGGAUGAUGUAUAUGAGAGGAGUACCGAAGGACUAUGACGAGUGGGAAAAAAUGGGUAAUCCUGGGUGGGGAUAUAAACAGGUACUGCACUAUUUUAAGAAAUCGGAAGGGAAUCAGCAAGUCGGUACUUUGGUUGAUGGGGGACUGCAUGGUACUGAUGGUCCGAUGGUAACGUCUAGAUUCCCGGAUCAUCCGGAGAUGGCAGAUGAUAUGAUGAAGGCGGCUGAAGAAGUGGGUUAUUCUGUUGUUAAUGACCUAAAUGAGGGGCAACAUUCUGGGUUUACGAUAGCCCAGGCAAAUAUAAUCAACGGUUCAAGACUGAGUAGCGCCCGAGCUUUCUUACGCCCCGCCCGCAAACGCCCAAACCUGCACAUCAUGAUCAACUCCACCGCAACAAAAAUACUAAUACGAAAAGACAGCCACCAUAAAACCGUAUCAGAAGUAGAAUUCGUCUACAAUAACCGCUUCUACAAAGUCAAAGUCAAACGCGAAGCAAUUUUGUCUGCUGGCGCUAUCAACUCGCCACAGAUCCUCCUCCUCUCAGGAAUCGGACCAAAACAAGAACUGAAAAAAGUUAACAUAACCCAAGUCCACAACCUUCCAGGAGUUGGCAAAAACUUUCAGAAUCACGUCUCUUUUGGUGUGAGGUUUGAGUUGCAAUCGAUGAAGGAUGUAAAUGAUCUUGAUGGACUAGCUCUCGGUCACUAUUUAGUGUACAGGAAUGGACCCAUGUCUUCUACCGGGAUGGCGCAAGUUACAGCCAGACUGACUACUCAAUAUGGAAAUUCGUCUGAAGUUAAUCCCGACUUGCAAUUUUUUUUUGAAGGAUUUUUGGCUAACUGUUCUAGGUGGGGUGUGGUUGGAGAAAAUGCACAUUUGGGCACUUAUAACAGUAAAAAAGCGAUUUUAAUAUCGCCUGUUGUGUUACGUCCAAAAAGUAGAGGCUACAUAGGUCUGAAAACAAAUAGGCCACUGGACCCUCCCCUUAUGCGUCCUAACUAUUUAACAGAUGAAUAUGAUAUUAAAAUUUUAAUCGAAGGAGUUCGAAUCGCUCAGAAACUCAGCAAGAGCAAAAUUCUCAGGACCAAAUACGGUAUUAAACUAGCGCGGGAGGAUUAUGGAAAUUGUGCCAAACAAUUUAAAUACAAUUCUGACCAAUUUUGGGAGUGUGCUAUCAGAUACUCAACCCGACCAGAAAACCAUCAAUCUAGUUCCUGCAAAAUGGGUCCCUCUUCCGAUCGUCUGGCUGUUGUAGAUCCAAUGUUACAGCUUCAUGGAAUAGAAGGAAUUCGAGUCAUAGAUGCUUCAAUUAUGCCAUUUGUGGUUUCUGGUAAUCCACAUGGAACGAUUGUUAUGAUCGCUGAAAAGGGAGCACAAUUCAUCAAAGAAAAAUGGUUGAAUAACUUGUAACUAGCUAGUAGUAAUUCUUUUGUAGAAAUUAAAUUAUGGCAAUAAAAAAUGACAGCAUCCAGGUACCUCUCUUCGCAAUAUAUUUACAUUUUAAUAC